AUGAGCCAUCCUCCCUUGACUUCUACUUCGCGAUUUAUAGAACCAGGAAGUCAUACAGACGACGACGACGAUGACGACCUAGACGAGCAAGACAUCCCCGGGUUCUCAGCACCGUCACCAGCCGUAGACAAGGGAAAAUCAAGGGAACCAGAACAAUUAGCCAAGCCUUCGACAGCUCCCGCUUCGAAUCAGAACGUGUCUGGCAACAUUGGUUCCAAUGGCUCGUCUAGUAGUUCCAACAGGCAAACCGUCGGCGGCAUCCGAGUCGAGACUCGGUAUUCUGGAACGGACACUCUUGAUGAGCCUGUCACCACCACAAUUGCACGCGACUUGCUUUCGAUAUACUCGAAGUUGGUGCAUGUUCUUUACCCUCGUAAGUCCAGCGGACGCGAAGUUCUCAGAGACUGGGAUCUUUGGGGUCCGCUGUUGCUUUGUCUAUGCCUAGGCAUCAUCUUGAGCGUGAAUGCACCAUCCAACCAAUCGUUAGGUGUAUUCACUUCUGUAGUUGUGAUCGUGUCCGUUGGCUCCCUUGUCGUGACCGUCCAGGCUAAGCUUCUUGGUGGCAGAGUGUCCUUCUUUCAAGGGCUCUGUGCACUUGGCUACUGCAUAGCGCCAUUAGAUAUCGCUGCACUUAUCUCAUGCUUCGUGCGUGUCAUCUGGGUGCGUGUGCCCGUGGCCCUGGCUGCCUGGGCUUGGUGCAUAUGGGCAUCGGUAAACUUCUUGGACGGCACAAAAAUCGAAUCACAGCGCAUCUUGCUUGCUGUAUACCCACUCCUACUUUUCUACUUUGUCCUGGCGUGGAUGAUACUUAUCCAAUGA